AUGGUUUCUGAAACACGUCCAAUUAUUAUUGCUGGAGCAGGCCCAUGUGGUUUGGUGACAGCCCUAGUGCUUCAGAAUCAUGGCAUUCCAUUUCUUAUUUUGGAGAAGACUUCACGCUCCAAGCUCUGCUCCGAUACAGGGGCAGGGUUUGAUUUAGCUCCAACAGCCUUGAACAUUCUGAUCCACCGCCUCGGUCUGAGCAAGGAGAGAAUAGAUGAAACUUUAUCACGAUACGAGAGAUGGUAUAUUGCUACUAUACAUGGAGACUUGGUCAAGGACGAAGGAACACCCCAGUCUGCUUUGGAAGACUGUGCCUGCACUCACCGUUCCGCGUUGCAACAGGCUUUGUUGGAUCAACUGUUGCAAAACGCAACAACAGAGGAAACCGAGUUUCUCAAAUGCAAUUCAUCUCUAGAGUACUAUCAAGAAGAAGAGGACCAAGUUAAAGCGGUAAUGAAUGAUGGGUCCAUUCUUGUCGGAAAGGCUCUGCUUGGAUGCGAUGGAAUCAACUCCAAAGUACGAAGCUGCAUGAACGAACACAGAGAAGACCCAUUGCAGUACCUUGGGACGAUGUGCUACUGGGGCAAAUGCCCGCGUGAAGAAGUCGAGAAAUACAGUAGUGCGCACAAGUCUAAUAGUAGCACAUUUGUUUGGCUUUUGGGAACAAACAAGGUUCCGGGUUCCUUGUUCAUCACACCAUCCAAUGGAACGUACCGAUAUCUCUGGUUCCUCAGUGUGCCAUCAGGCAAACCAUUGAGUGGCACAUUGGAUGACUUGACGCGUCGAGGCGGCGCCGUCCUUUCGGAGAUGGCGAAGACAGAGCUUUUAAACACCUUGGACGAAAACGGAGCCUUGGACCCAGUGUUGAAAACUGUGAUUUCAGGGACACCAGCCGGCGAAAUCACUGAAGCCGGCUUAUUUGAUCGAGUGAACUUGGAUUUACCCUUUUCAAGCCCUCGAAAGCUCGUUGCUCUAUUGGGUGACAGUGCCCAUCCCCAGUCUCCCUACUUGGGGCAAGGAACCAACUGUGCGAUUACAGAUGCCUACUUCUUGGCUACAAAGCUUGCAGGGGUGUCCGCACAAGAGGCAAUCACUUACUAUGAUUCAGACCAGCGACGCGAGGAAAUGAAGAAUCUCAUUGAAAAAGCUCGCCAACAGGGAAACUUUUUGAAUUCAAAGAAUCGCUUUGAAUGCUGGAUACUUCGGACCAUUCUACGAUAUGCUCCGAUUGAUGUGGACGAGCUGAAGAGGUACGAUUUCUCUAACAAAAACAUGCUGAGCCGUCUGGAUGGGAUUAAGGCGAAAUCCAGUGAUGGGGGCGCCAUGACAAAGCCAAUCCUAAUUGCUGCUUUUGUAGUUGCGGUGUUUGCUAUUGGACUUCGGAUGUUUCUCCAGUACUGGUAG